AGAAAGCAAGCAGCCAAAAAAAAAGUCUCUCCAAAGCCUCCACACAAACAACGAAGAGGGCUUCUCUGUCCCUACCCUUUUAAAGCCCAACCCUUCUUGUGGUGUUCCUCUUCUUUGCUCUCUCUCUGCCGUGCGUUCUGUUUCAAUCUCAUCCUUUCAGAUUAUUCGUCCUCUCUUUAUCGAUCCCCGAUCUGCAGAAGUUGUUUCUCGAGUAUCUCCUCAAGUUUGAGCCUUUGACUUUACUGAGAAUGCAUUCCGACUUGCAUGAUUCUGGGGCAACCAUGAGUGACGAGGGAGAAAAGACCUGCCCCCUCUGCGCAGAGGAGAUGGAUUUGACUGAUCAGCAGCUGAAGCCUUGCAAAUGCGGUUAUGAGAUAUGUGUUUGGUGUUGGCAUCACAUAAUGGACAUGGCUGAGAAAGAUGAGUCGGAGGGAAGGUGUCCGGCAUGUCGGGCACCUUAUGACAAGGAAAAGAUAGUUGGGACGGCUGCUAACUGUGAGAGGUUAGUGGCUGAAAUCAGUAUGGAGCGGAAAACAAAGUCUCAAAAGAUGAAAACUAAAUCAUUGGAAGGAAGGAAGCAUCUCAGCAGUGUCCGAGUGAUACAACGGAACCUUGUGUACAUAGUCGGGUUGCCUUUGAAUCUGGCAGAUGAAGAUCUUCUCCAGCACAGGGAAUAUUUUGGUCAGUAUGGGAAGGUUCUAAAAGUGUCCAUGUCUCGUACAGCAGCUGGUGUUAUUCAACAAUUUCCAAACAAUACUUGUAGUGUAUAUAUAACUUUCUCGAAAGAGGAAGAAGCUGUUCGUUGUAUUCAGUCUGUACAUGGAUUUGUCUUGGAGGGUAAACCAUUAAAGGCAUGCUUUGGAACCACCAAGUACUGUCAUGCUUGGCUGAGAAAUGUGCCUUGCAGUAAUCCUGAUUGCCUUUAUUUACAUGAGGUUGGUUCACAUGAGGAUAGUUUUACAAAGGAUGAGAUCAUAUCAGCAUACACAAGGAGUAGGGUGCAACAAAUCACUUGCUCGAUAAACAAUCUGCAACGGCGUUUAGGGAAUGUUUUGCCACCGCCUGUGGAUGAUUAUUUCCCCAAUAGCUCUGCGUCUACAGCGAAACCGAUUGUAAAAAAUGCUUCAAAUAAUACAGCCGGUAGUCCUCCAAAUGUAAGCUCUGGGAGUUCUGUUGCUCUUCCUGCUGCAGCCUCGUGGGGGAUGCGUGCUUUAAAUCAGCCACCUGUCAUGAGUUUAGUGAAUGGCCCUUCUAAGCAAAAACCAGACGCAAUAAGUAGCGCAUUGGCAUAUUCAUCAGCAGUUGCUAGUACAACUCAGGGUUCUAUGCUACAUAGUGAAGCAGCAAAGAAGCCAACUUGGAUUGAGGAUAACCAAACCAUGAUUGGUAAAUGUAAACCAGAUACAUUUAAAGUUUUGAGACAACUGGGUAGUGUGGAUUGUCGAGACAACUCAUCAGAAAAGUUUGCUUUACAAAAUGGAGAUCUUGUUAAAAUUAAUGAGCCAUCACGUCCACCUUCAUCUAUGCACGAUGAGAGGGUUGCCAGUCAGUUACCAAAUGUUACGAAUGCUUUUGACCAAACUGGACAGUCUUUUACUCCUGAUCAUGGAAUAGGAGGUGGUGUUGGAGCAAAUGGAGAUAUUCAGUCUCUAUUUUCGGAUAUGUCGUUAAUGUGCAUUGAUAGAACUAUUGAGAGUGACCAUUCUGAUCUAGCGAAACCUAGUAAUUUACACUCUGAUCAAAGUUUGGUUAGAUUGUCAUCGUCUGUGAUUCAAGGGUCCCAGCAGCAUCCAGUUGAACAAUGUAAAGAACCUUUAGCUUUGCCGGCAGCCGGUCAAGCUCCCAUACAAUUAAAUGGGGUGUGCAUUCCAAGAGAGGGGUUUGAUCUAAGAACAGAUUUACAUGCCCAACACUUAACAAGUGCAAGUUCAGAGGUAGAAGAUGAUAUACUAUCUUUCGAUAACCAGAGACUUAAAGAUCCGGAGGUUGUUAGUCGUUCAACAUUCUUGCCGAAUUCAGCUAACUCUCUCCAUAUUUCAAAUCUCUCUAGGUCUCAUUCUUUGCAACAUACUGAGGCUUUUGCAAAUGUAAAUGUGGAUCCUCUAUUUGCAGAUAGUAAAGUUAGAGAUGGUUUACCUGUACGACCACCUAGCGAUUCUGCUAUAUCAAAUGGAAUCUCAGUCAAGAUAAUCAGCGGUUCAGUUGGUUUAGAAAGAAAUGUGGAGGGUGGCUUGUUUCUUGGAGAUGAGGCAAGAAGGAAAGGUAUGGGAAGAUUUCUUGGUGAUGCUGAGAGUAGCGGUUCUGUAGACACGGGGGAAAGCAGCAUAAUUUCCAAUAUAUUGUCACUGGAUAUUGAUGCUUUGGAUGAUUCAUUACGUUCACCUCAGAAUUUAGCAAAAUUGUUGGGUGAAUCCGAGAGACAGCCUGGUUCACAUACAAUGUCGAGUUCCUGGAAAGUGCAAAAUAAUCAGCAGUCUCGAUUUUCUUUUGCUAGACAGGAGGAGUCUAGUCAUUCUGCAUUUGGUGUUGAGCCACCUUUUAGUGUGUUUGGGCAUCAAAGGGACCAGUCUUUCUUCCAGGAUCUUGUGGAAAACAGAGAUAUAUAUAUGGACAAGCUUGGAAUUGGUAAUGGAUUCUCAUCCAAUAAUUUUGGAGGAUCUGAUAACUUUUCCAGUGCUGCAAUUCUCUCUCCUAAUAAGAUGUCAGCAGUUUCAAGAUCUCAAAAUUUUGCCCCACCUGGAUUUUCUGUACCUAACAGAGCACCACCCCCAGGAUUUUCUUCUCAUGAGAGAGUGGACCAGACUCUUGACUCAAACUCUGGGAAUCAUUUGCUUGAUUCAUCUUCCUUGUUGAGAAAUUCGUAUCAGGCGCCUCAAACUGGAAAUAUGGGUAGCCCUGUAGAUAUUGAGUUUAUGGAUCCUGCAAUUUUGGCAGUUGGAAAAGGGAGACUUCAAGGCACUCUUAGCAGUCCUAGCUUAGAUAUGCGGCCUAAUUUUCCGACCCAGUUUAGUGCCUUUGAAAAUGACACAAGGCUUCAACUCCUGAUGCAAAGAUCACUCUCUCCACACCAGAACAUGAGAUACACUGACAUGGGGGAUAACUUUUCUUCUAUUAGUGAUUCUUAUGGAAUUUCUCCUUGGCUUGUGGAUCAAUCACAAGUUAGCAAUCUAUCCCCUUUUGCGCAAUCGUCACUCCAACAGUCUAGGAAUGCACUCAUGUCAAAUGGCCGUCGGGAUGGAUGGAAUGAGGUUCAGGGUGGAAACGCUCUCAAUAUGGCAGAGGUUCUUAGGAAUGAGAGAUUGGGAUUCAACAAGUUCUACAAUAGUUAUGAAGAUUCAAAUUUCAGAAUGCCUGGUUCUGGUGAUAUAUAUAACAGAACAUUUGGAAUGUGAUUCUUUAUGGAAUUGAACAUUUGCAUGGAAGCAAUGGUUUAUCUGAGAAACUUGAAGGAGCUUUUGCAAUUUGAGGACAUUAUAUUCAAAGGGAUUGAACCAACUCUUAACUGGGGUCAUGUUGGACUGCCAGAGGAAAGAUCGAACUCCCGUCAAGUGCUUUCUUCAGAUCCACAGUGUGCAGGAGAAGUAAAAUAGUGCUCAACGUGGAUGGUAAGGAGAAUUUACUGAAUCCGGUGUAUUGGAAGUAGGAUGGUGAUCCUCUGGAAGGUUGAGUGUUCUGCUUGUAAUUACAGAAUGAGUGAAUAUUGAUUGUUGCACAGCUGCAAAGAGUAUGAAAGUCAUUUUUUUCCUUGCUCUUCAUUUGAAACUCUGCCUAUGUACUGCAAAGGGUUAGUUCUUUAAAAGAGGUGAAAAACAAAAGAACAACGUUGGUGGAGAUGAAGGGCGACUAUUCUUGAAUGGAUUGUGAUCAUUCUGAUAAAGAUUCAACCUCCAUUGUUGUGGGUGUGCUUUGAGAUUUCAA